AUGCAAUGGGACUCGCCGCCCGCGAUGGAAAUCGAUUCGGACAAGCAAUACACCGCAACCAUCGAGUUGGAGAAGGACGACGGCAAGGUCGAAGUGGAGCUAUUCGCCGACAAGGCCCCGAUGAUGGUGAACAACUUCGUCUUCCUGGCCCGACAGGGCUACUACGACGGAGUCACCUUCCACCGGGUGAUCGAGGGGUUCAUGGCCCAGACGGGAGAUCCGACAGGAACGGGUCGAGGCGGUCCCGGAUAUCGUGUCGACAAUGAGUUCCACCACGACCUGCGACACGAUGGACCCGGGGUGCUCUCGAUGGCCAAUGCGGGGGUUCAGGGCGGUCGAGGCACGAACGGCAGCCAGUUCUUCAUCACCUUCGUUCCCACGCCUUUUCUCGAUGGUCUGAACCCGGACGGCUCUGCCAAGGACUGCUCGAGCGAGUCGUGCCACCCGGUCUUUGGGCGCGUCACUGAGGGUAUGGAGCACGUCUUCGCGAUCAGUCCGCGCGACCCCGGUUCGGCGCGCGAACCGGGCGACCGAAUCCGCACGAUAUCCAUCGUCGAGCGGUAA